CGAUAAUCGGGCGCCGGUGCCUUGGCCCGAUUUUUAUAAGUAACAAAAUCAUUCCCUCUCUCUGUGGCUGUACGAGUCGGAUCUCAAUAAUCUGUAAUUGGUGCUCCCCUUUCUAAGAACUUUUCUCAUAUCACCAUUUGAGCUAUAUCAGCACACCACACCCCUACCUAGGGUUUCAACUCCUACUCCCGAUCUUUAACACCGGAUCUUAGUCCAGAAGUAUUCAUUUGAGUUCUACUUAGCAAUUCAAAUAGCAUAACUUGAAGUUGUUCGUCACACCAGAUUCCAUGGCGGAGGAACAAUCGGCGGCCACGGCCAACAAUACUGCGGCGGCAGCGGCCAAUAAUACUGCGGCGGCAGCGCCGUUAGGACACUCGGUAAUACCGAUUGUGAACAAGCUACAGGACAUAUUCGCGCAGCUUGGAAGUCAGUCGACUAUUGAGCUGCCGCAGGUGGCGGUGGUCGGGAGCCAGAGUAGCGGCAAGUCCAGUGUGCUGGAGGCUCUAGUUGGGCGCGAUUUCCUGCCACGUGGCAAUGAUAUCUGCACACGCCGUCCGCUUGUGCUGCAGCUUGUGCAGAGGAAGAGGAAGAACGAUAGUACAGAUGAGGAGUGGGGGGAGUUCCUGCAUUUGCCUGGGAAGAAGUUCUUUGAUUUCAAUGAUAUCCGGAGGGAAAUUCAGGCUGAAACUGAGAGAGAAGCUGGUGGAAACAAGGGUGUUUCAGACAAACAGAUACGUUUAAAGAUUUUCUCACCAAAUGUUCUUGAUAUUACUCUUGUGGAUUUGCCGGGCUUAACAAAAGUUCCUGUUGGUGAUCAACCGUCAGAUAUAGAAGCACGUAUAAGAACAAUGAUAAUGUCAUAUAUCAAGCGUCCAAGUUGCUUGAUAUUGGCUGUUACACCAGCAAAUUCAGAUCUGGCAAACUCAGAUGCACUUCAAAUGGCUGGAAUUGCCGAUCCUGAUGGUUAUAGGACAAUAGGUGUAAUUACUAAGUUGGAUAUUAUGGACAGGGGUACUGAUGCCCGAAAUUUUUUGCUGGGGAAAGUUAUUCCUCUUCGGCUUGGUUAUGUUGGUGUUGUGAAUCGUAGUCAAGAGGAUAUUCUAUUGAAUCGGAGCAUCAAGGAUGCCCUAGUAGCUGAGGAGAAGUUCUUCCGCAGUCGGCCAGUAUACAGUGACCUUGCUGAGCGUUGUGGGGUCCCUCAGUUGGCCAAGAAGUUGAACCAGUGCAGUGUUAUUAAUGGCGGAUGGCAGAAAUUCCGCCAUGGCGGUAUAGCUUUGCGGAUUCUGCCAAACUGCCAUGGCAAAAUUGUGAAGGAUGGCGGUUAUGGCGCCGCCACGGCAGGAUUUUUGCCUGCAGACAUUGAUAAAUUGAACUAUUGCAUGAUAAAGGCUCUCUUUGUCGUUAUUCAGAUUCUGGUCCAACAUAUUAAGACAGUUCUUCCAGGGUUGAAAGCACGCAUCAGUACUGCCCUGGUUUCUGUUGCAAAGGAGCAUGCUAGCUAUGGAGAGAUUACUGAAUCAAAGGCUGGGCAGGGGGCUUUACUACUAAACAUUCUUUCGAAGUACUCCGAAGCAUUCUCUUCGAUGAUAGAAGGAAAGAAUGAAGAGAUGUCAACAUCCGAGCUAUCUGGUGGAGCAAGAAUCCAUUACAUUUUCCAGAAUAUAUUUGUCAAGAGUUUAGAGUUAACCGGAAUUUUGUUUUCCUACCUUGUCUGCAAGUCAAUGCUCUUUAUAUCAUUAAACGCCUUAGAAAUUAGAGAACUCGUAGGACAAAGAACAGCUGAACAGGAUGUUGACCCUUGUGAGGAUUUAACUGAUGAUGACAUCCGUACUGCCAUUCAAAAUGCAACUGGUCCUAAAUCUGCAUUAUUUGUACCAGAAGUUCCAUUUGAGGUUCUCAUCAGAAGACAAAUAGCUCGUUUGUUGGAUCCAAGUCUUCAGUGUGCUAGAUUUAUAUACGAUGAGCUAAUUAAGAUGAGCCACCGCUGUAUGGUGAACGAAAUGCAACGGUUUCCAGUCCUGCGAAAGCGCAUGGACGAGGUUAUUGGAAAUUUUUUGCGAGAAGGUCUUGAGCCUUCAGAGACAAUGAUCGGACAUAUUAUUGAGAUGGAGAUGGACUACAUAAAUACUUCCCAUCCAAAUUUUAUUGGUGGUAGUAAAGCUGUAGAGAUUGCCUUACAACAGACCAAGCCUUCUAGAAUCGCUGCAGUGCCGAGGCCAAAGGACUCAGGAGAUUCAGAUAAAGCACCAAAUUCUGAGAGAAGUCUAAAAUCUCGUGCUAUUCUUGCUCGCCAAGCGAAUGGAAUUGUUCCGGAGCAGAAUGCCAGACCUGUUGCUGAAGUUGAGAAGCCGACACCUCCUGUUAACAAUAGUUCGAACUGGGGGAUAUCUUCUAUUUUCGGUAGCCAUGAUAAUCGCACUUCUGUGAAAGAGAACUCAACCAGCAAACCCUUCAGUGAACCUGUUCAGAUCAUGGACCAGGGCAUCUCAAUGAUUCAUUUGAGAGAGCCUCCCAGCGUAUUGAGGCCCUCAGAAUCACACUCGGAUCAAGAGGCUGUUGAGAUUGCUGUUACAAAGCUGUUAUUAAGAUCAUAUUAUGAUAUUGUCCGGAAGAAUGUUGAGGAUUCUGUACCAAAAGCAAUAAUGCAUUUUCUGGUGAACCAUACCAAACGAGAGCUUCAUAAUGUCUUCAUUAAAAAGCUUUACAGAGACAAUUUGUUUGAAGAGAUGUUGCAGGAACCAGAUGAAGUGGCCACGAAGAGAAAGCGUACUCGGGAGACACUUCGUGUUCUGCAGCAAGCAUUCCGGGUGAGUGCUUCAUAUCCCGAACAGACUCUGGAUGAAUUGCCGCUUGAAGCCGAGUCUGUGGAGAGGGGCUACAGCUUGAGUACUGACCCAACUGGCCUGCCAAAGAUCCACGGGCUUCCGACCUCGUCUUUUUAUAACACGAGCAGUGGCUCGACUGACUCAUACAGUGCCUCGCCCAAAAACACGAGACCUCGUAAGUCGUCACAUUCUGGCGAGCUGCACUCUCCAUAUUAUGGAGAUUCUAACGGUGGACGUAAUUCUAUGCUGGGUCUUUACCCUACAGCCGAUAUUUAGGCUCUCGGAGAACGAGUGGUUUGGGCCGAGCUUUUUCAUGGGCGCGCAUUAUUAGACGGCUUUCCACACGCUAUCCCUGGAUGAUGUGUUAGUGGGGUCGAUAUUCUUUCUUAUAGUAUCGGUUAUUAUUUCUCCUAAUAUAUGAUCGGUUGUAACUCUUAUAAAAUGGCUUGCUUGCUAAAGCUCCAAUAAAGAAAUAGGAGCCAUUGUUCUUCCCUCAUACAGUUGUGUUGCAAAUUUUCAACUCUGUUUUGUUUGCUGUAGCUACAUAGGCGACAAGACAAGUUGGAUAUGAAUCUCUUGUUUGAAAUUGCAGAUUUUUUCAGAUAAGCUUCAAUGGAAGACUUGUUGUAUAGAAUGGGUUCGUUUUGUUUUGUUUUGUUUCUAUUAGUUCUGUGUAAUUUUCUGGAAGUAGUGGCGAGUUGCAUUCUUUUCUGAAGAUACCACUAAAAUCGAUAGGUGUUUUGAUUGUUGAUCAAUUUGUAUUUGUGCGUCUGUGCUAG